CGGAACAAAAGCACCCGGUUCGGUUCUACCCCGCGAGCCAACCAGACCCGAUUCUGCCAAUUGGCAUAGUGGCAUCCCCCCUCGGCGGCCACGGCCAGUGGCCUCCGCCUCCUCACGCACUUAAAUCCCCCGCGCCGCCUCCCCGUUUCCUCCCCAUCCCGCGCCCUCGCCUUCUCAUCGCCCCAUCGCCUCGACCAUGGCGGCGGCGCACCAGGUCUCCGCGGUGAUCUUCGAUCUCGACGGCACCAUCCUGGACACAGAGAGGGCGACGAGGGAUGUCUUGGACGAGUUCUUGGCGGCGUACGGGAAGGUCCCUGACCCGGAGAAGGAAGAGAAGAGGCUGGGCCAGAUGUACUUGGAAUCCACCACCGGGAUCAUCAGAGAUUACGGACUGCCGCUGACCGUCGAGGAGUACUCCAAGGCGAUGCAUCCACUCUAUCUGAAAAGGUGGCAAAAGGCAAAACCGCUUCCGGGAGUGAAGAGGCUUGUUAAGCAUCUUUUCAAGAACAGAGUGCCACUCGCGAUUGCUUCAAAUUCCGUCAGGAGAAAUAUUGAUCACAAAGUUCCAAAACUAGAAGAUUGGGGAGAGUGUUUUUCUGUUAUUCUUGGUGGAGAUCAAGUCCCUAAUGGAAAGCCUUCCCCUGACAUAUUUUUGGAAGCCGCAAAGCGACUUGGCGUAAAUCCAUCAUCAUGCUUGGUCAUAGAAGAUUCUGUUGUUGGAGUCAAGGGUGCCAAGGCUUCUGAGGCGAAGGUGGUUGCAGUACCAUCACUUCAAAGUCAAAGGAAGCACUAUAAUAUUGCCGAUAUCAUCCUCUAUUCACUUUUGGACUUCGAUCCUGAGCUGUGGGGUCUUCCUCCAUUUGAAGAUCGCAUUCAAGGUGUUUUGCCCAUUGAUCCCUUAAUUUCAACUGGUCAAAUAGGCGAUAGAAUUCUAAAUAAUCUUCAUAGGCUAAUUUCAGAUGAACAUACCUACGACUGUAUUCCUGACCAAAUAUCAGGAAUUUAUUUGGGUUGGGCCAAGUUGAAAGUGCAUGGGUUUUCUAAGGUGGUCAUAGGUACUGGGUGGGACUUUUCACAGCAGACCGUCGAAAGAGUGAUGGUAGUAGAGUUUCUUGAUUACUCUGGCCAGAUUGAAACAGAGCCUGUGAAGCUUCUUGUAAUUGGUUACGUCAGGAAGCUACAAAGCACAGAUGAUAUAUUGCAAGCUUUAAAUGUAACUGAUGAAGACAGAAGCAUUGCAAGGGACGCAUUGGACCUCCCAACUUUCUCUGAAUACGCCCACGACAUUCAUUUUUCCUGAGAGUGACCGUAUCUUUGCGAGCUCUCACACCAUUUCCUCAGGUUUGGCAUUGUUAUUGUUAGCUCAUGAUGGGAGCCACAUUUUCGUCCAGGAAACUCUACAUGAAAUACGUGUCAUUCGAAGAACAGGAAAAAAGUACAGAGAAAAAAACGUGGUUCGAUGUUACCAAUUUACCAUAUGUUGUAAUAUUUGUUUAGUCCUCAUGUCUUCUAAGAAAAUAUCAUUGCAUCUGCACCUUCGUCCUAAAGGGCAGAGUGAUAUAAAAUUUUUUGUAAGCAUGAACGAAUGGUAUAAAUGAACCGCACAGGCAUUAAACGGGACA